GUCAACUCUCAUAUCAUCGACUCGACCUCCAAGUUCAUUCAUCAGCAUAAUUUCUGUUCGCAUUUAAUAUCCAAGUAUUGAAAAUCCUAGACGAAGCCCCCCGAUCUAUCCAGAACCAUGUCUGACUGGGACGCUCCCAAUGUAAUCAUCGGUCAGAAAAGGACGGCUCGACCCACAGUGGCAAAAGGUGCCGCAUUGAACAUCGCUCAGCGUCAGGGUUCAGCCAUAGCCACUGCCAAAGAUCCAGCUCAACGUAAAGGUGGUCCCGCCGAUUAUCAGCAAAAAGCAAAGUUAGACGCUGAUGAUGCUCCCAAACCCCCUUCGACCAUUGAUCCCGCGGUUGGCAAGGCCGUAGCUCAGGCCAGGCUAGAGAAGAAAGAUGCCAAUGGGAAGAGUAUGACCCAAUCUGAAUUGGCCAAGAGAAUAAAUGCGACUCCAAAGGAUAUUGCGGAUAUCGAAGCUUCUCGAGCAAAACAUGACAAGGCGAGUCUGGCUUUGUUGGCGAAGAUGGAGCCUGUUUUAGGUAUCAAAUUACGAGGAGCGACGGCGCUGAUUGGAACACCACUCCACGGACCAAAGAAGAAGUAAGAGUAGGGUCAAGGUAGUACAAGCAUGCAUGUCCAACAUGCCUAGC